GACGCCACGCCCUGCGGUGGCGACGUGCCGUGCCGUGGCGUGGUGCACGUCAUUCGAACGCCAUGCGGCGUGCCAUGUUGCGCCGCGGGUGUCCGCCAUUUUUGCGGGGGCGAUGCUGGAAUCGGACAGUGCUUUUGUUUCCUAUCAGGAGAGGAGGCUUGGCUCGGGCUCGUUCGGGGAGGUGUUCAAGGCAAAGGUCGCUUCCUCCGGGCUGCUCGUGGCGGUGAAGCGCGUCCUGAAGCAGCGGGAGAGCGUGAUGAAGGAGUACAUGAUACUGCAGGGUCUGAGCCACCCUCACGUCCUUCAGGUGAUCGGCCACUUUGAGGACGAGAAUAGCCUGUACGUCGUCUCCGAGUUCCUGUCGGGCGGCUCCCUCACGGACCUCCUGCAGCAGCAGAGCGCCCCCUUCUCGGAGGCGUGGGGGGCCCUGGCGAUCCGGCAGACGCUGACCGCGAUGACGUACUGCCACUCCGCGGGCGUGGUCCACAACGACCUGAAACCGGAGAAUUUGCUGCUGAAGAGCCUGUCAGUCAGAGCGGGGCUGCACAUCGUGGUCUCCGACUUCGGCCAGGCUUCCUCUGUGUACCAGCCUGGGCAGUGCCCCUUGAGCGACCUCCCGCUGGGCGACCCGAGGUACACGCCUCCGGAGGCGUGGAACGGCCAGACGUGCCACGGUGUCUGUUCCAAACCUGGAGAUGUCUGGAUGAUAGCUUGCACAUUGUUCGAGAUCCUCUCCGGCGGGUCUCUCCCCUUCCUGGGCCGCAAGAACGUCUCGUUGCAGGAGUUCAAGAGCUGGUGCGCGACGACCCCUGGUUUCGUGAUUGAGUGGGUCAACUGCCUCAAGACAGGGACGCCGAUGUGGCAGAACUUUGUCGAGCCCCGCUCGUCGUCGUCCCGAGACUGCAUCCUCCGAAUGCUUGCGAAGACCCCGGUGCAGCGGCCCAAUUGCGAGCAGACAAUGGAACACACGUGGUUCUGGGAGCAGGGUUGUAUGCAGCUGGGCGACAGCUCGACCGAGGCGUUCACGCCGGACGCCUUGCGUCUCGACCACGGAGCGGGCGCCAUGCUUGGCCAGCCGGGAAGGGCGAUCGACCAUGCUGGGAUGAUGGGGGGCGCUGCGUCUUCCCAGGGGUCCUCGGUGUCCAGCGCCACGAUGAUGAGGCCGAUGGGGAAGAAGUUGUCUGCUGCGCCAGUCUCGAAGAAGAAGCUGCGCGGCCCCAAGUCGGCGACGACCUUGCCGCCAAACACGGCUCUGUCGGCUCCGACCACCAUGACCAAAAAGGGGAUCCAGAUCAAGAACCAGGUCCUCCAGCACAGUGCCGCAAUGCUCGAGUCAAAGCAGGACGACGGCGCCGCGGCGGGACCCGCAACCGCGCCCGGCGCUGGAGCUGCCGGGGCGCCUUCGGAGUCAGCCCGCCCCGCCGACGCAGAGGCCGCGGGCCCGCAGCACCAGAACGAUGCCCACGACAGCGUGCGCGGCGGCAGCCCCCCCCGCGCAGGCGAUGGGCGCCCCACUGGCGAAGCAGAGGGGUCCUCGGUGUCCAGCGCCACGAUGAUGAGGCCGAUGGGGAAGAAGUUGUCUGCUGCGCCAGUCUCGAAGAAGAAGCUGCGCGGCCCCAAGUCGGCGACGACCUUGCCGCCAAACACGGCUCUGUCGGCUCCGACCACCAUGACCAAAAAGGGGAUCCAGAUCAAGAACCAGGUCCUCCAGCACAGUGCCGCAAUGCUCGAGUCAAAGCAGGACGACGGCGCCGCGGCGGGACCCGCAACCGCGCCCGGCGCUGGAGCUGCCGGGGCGCCUUCGGAGUCAGCCCGCCCCGCCGACGCAGAGGCCGCGGGCCCGCAGCACCAGAACGAUGCCCACGACAGCGUGCGCGGCGGCAGCCCCCCCCGCGCAGGCGAUGGGCGCCCCACUGGCGAAGCAGAGGGGUCCUCGGUGUCCAGCGCCACGAUGAUGAGGCCGAUGGGGAAGAAGUUGUCUGCUGCGCCAGUCUCGAAGAAGAAGCUGCGCGGCCCCAAGUCGGCGACGACCUUGCCGCCAAACACGGCUCUGUCGGCUCCGACCACCAUGACCAAAAAGGGGAUCCAGAUCAAGAACCAGGUCCUCCAGCACAGUGCCGCAAUGCUCGAGUCAAAGCAGGACGACGGCGCCGCGGCGGGACCCGCAACCGCGCCCGGCGCUGGAGCUGCCGGGGCGCCUUCGGAGUCAGCCCGCCCCGCCGACGCAGAGGCCGCGGGCCCGCAGCACCAGAACGAUGCCCACGACAGCGUGCGCGGCGGCAGCCCCCCCCGCGCAGGCGAUGGGCGCCCCACUGGCGAAGCAGAGGAGUUGGCCGCGCAGGUGGAGCAGAGCCACCCUCCCUGCCCCAGCGCGGGGUGCGCCCGCGCCCCCGACGGCGGCCCGCCGCCGCAGAGCGUGCUGGCGGGCGGCGGGGUGCAGCCGGAGGGCGCGGGGCCCCCGUCGGUGUCGUCACGGCUGCCCCGGGGCACGUGGCGCCGGUACAGGGAGCCCGGGACCAACCGCCUGUGGUUUCUCAAGGAGGCCACGGGCGAGUCGUUCUUCGCGGACUCUCCGGGCGCCUGGCGCCAGUACGCGGGCGCGGGCGGCCGCACCUGGUGGUGGAGCCAGGAGUCGAACACGAGUUUCUGGGAGGACGAGUGCGACGGCGCUGCCGGAGACGACGACGGCGUCGCCGAGGAGGGAGCGUCUUGGGACGACCUGGAGGCCCUCGGCCUCCAGCACCUGAGGCGGAAGGUCCACCUGGAGCCUUGCCUGAAGGACGGUGGGGAGGUGCGCUCGGCAAUCAGGUACUCUGGGAAAACAUGGGAGUUCCACGUGGUCCUGUUCCGGAGCAACAGCAACGACAAGCUCGGCCUGAAUUUCAUCCUGGACCAGGAUUCUCACAUUCCAGUGAUUUCUCAGGUGAAGGACGUGGGCAUGUGCGCCAGUCACAAUUUAGAGAUGCAGCAGUUUCCAGAGGAGAGCCCAUUGCAUCAGAUGCAGGUUGCUGCAGGCGACAAAGUGAAGGUUGUAAACGGUUUCACCUCUGCCGAGGACAUUAGGAAUGAGUUGACAAACGCUCUUGUCGUGCACCUCAGGGUGGUGCGGCCAGGGCAUUCUCCAGAGAUGGCUAGCACCCGUGGCCGUGCAGCAGGAACGGUGUUUCAGUGAGGCUCGGUGGAAAACAGACCGAGCAGGGAGGAGAUCGGCAGGAGUUGCAGUGUGGUGCGAGUGCGCUGGAGAAUCAAAGGGG